GGGCAAAGUAUAUUUAACGUCGGGUUCGAGAUUCACAUUUAUAUUUUCUAUAAAAGUUAAAAUUUGGAAAUGAAAAAGUAUUUUUAUGUUUAUAUCCUAAUUGAAUAACUGUUAUAAUAUCAGUAUUCGGUUGUAAGUAAUUUAUAUUAUUAAUUUUUUACACUUGUGAAUCUGUCCAUUGAUUGGUCAAUUUACGGUAUAGGCAGUAGGCCAUCUUUUGGCGGCAUUUUCAUCGUAGAUGUUGACCGGGAAAGACCUUUUUGUCUGAUAGAUUCCUCAUAUGCUGACGUCACAGUCACAGUGACCGGAAGCCCUAAUACAGCAUUCCUUACUUAGGACCACUGUCAAUAUUACCAAAUAUUACCAAUAUUACCAAAUAAUAAACCAUCAAGAAUUAAAGAACUGCAACAUAUAAGGACCGUUUUUAUUCUUAUGUGCUACAAAUGGCGUCGUGGACAGGAUUCUUGUGAUUUCCGACAGUGUGCAGUAUUAUAGUUACCAUGGAACAGCUCAUCCAAGGACUCUUAGACAAAAUUAAAAUUUUGGAGAGUAAAGAAGACCAAGAUCAUCAGGAGAAUGUGGCAAUGCGUCAAGAAAUUCAACAUCUACAGAAAAAGGUCUCAACUUUAGUAGAGUCAACCGAGUCCAAAGAAAAUCCCACACCUGUAGUAUACGUGAAAUCGGAAAGAAAAUUCCCCAAGUUCGGUGGGUACCCAGAAAAAGACACAGAUCCCGAUGUUAUAGACUGGAUCUCAGAGAUGAGAGAACACAUCAGAGGAACGACAUCAAAAGACAGACACACUGACUUCGUAAUGGAUCAUCUUACUGGAAAUGCCAAGGCAGAAAUCCGUUUACAUCCAAUUGAACAAAGACGUACUGGAGAAGAGAUACUUAACAUUUUAGAACGUGUUUUUGUGAUUAAGGACACUGUUACACAAUUACUUCAGAAAUUCUACCAAAGAGAUCAAAAUGAGAGUGAGACCCUAGAGAACUAUUCACGUAUUUUGAUGCAAAUGCAGGAGCGCAUUAAUAAGAAAGUUGAUAGGAAGAUGCAGAUAACUGAUGUCAAUCUAACCGAAAGAUUUAUAGAUGGUAUUAGAGACAGAGUUGUGCGACAAGAACUGAGGAAAAUUGUUGUGGAACAAUCAACCAUUCCAUUUCAAGAGUUUAGACUCAGGAUGCUUAAGUGGGUCGAUGAUAAUCCACCGUGUGAAAAUAAACAGGUGAAUGUUGCAUCAGCAAUUGUGAAUAAUUCUGACCCUUUAACAGACAUGUUGCAGACACAACAAGCGAUGCUAGAAAAACAACAACAACAGAUUGAUACUAUUGCACAAACAUUAGAAAAAUUUCAACAACCUGAUUUUCAUCGAAGAGGAAGCAGACCAAACAGAGGAUUUGUACACAACCGAGGAACCAGAAGACCAGCUCAAGUUAUUUGUUAUGCAUGCAACGGACAAGGACAUUUUGCUUCAGAAUGUGCAAACCGUAAAAACGAAUUCUCACAGAACAAAGAAAACAGAAGACCUUAUCAACAGUCAAGGCCAAAAUUUAUGAACAGUGACCCAAAAGUGAAACCCUCACAGUGAAGAGUCGCCUGAUAGAGGGAAGUGAAAAAGACUCGUGUGAUAUUAAAGAGAAAAUAAAAAAUGCUGCAAACAACAGUCCAACUACAAUAGUUGAAAUAAAUGGACAACCUAUCAAGUGCCUUCUCGAUACAGGAGCAGAAGUUUCUACUAUAUCUGAAAUGUUUUAUAAACAGUUCCUACAUCAACAAGAUAUUACAGACACGAGAAAAUUUCUACGACUGUCAGCUGCUAACAAAAUCACAAUACCAUAUCUAGGAUACAUUGAAGUAGACUUGAAGAUUCAAGACCAAUUAUUCAGUGACGUGGGAAUGUUAGUUGAAACUGUAACA